UUUCUCAUUGGCGACAGGGGCACCAACAGCCCCUACAACUACUCCUGCGGCUGCCACUGGUAUGGCUGCCCCUGUCAUAGCUGCUCUCCCUGUUAUUACCACAGCUGAUUCUGGGUCAGCUUUCAGUUUCACUUCCCAGGCCACCAGCACCACCACAGCACCAGCAAGCAAGCCUUCUUUCAUAUUUUCAACAGCUGGGGCAGCUACCACUUCUGCCCCUGGUAUUCCCUCUAACGUUAGCACAGGGCUAGCUCUCCCUGCUUCCACCACAUCUUCUGGCUUUACCUUGGGCUCUAGUGCUGCCCCAACAACAACUGGAAGCUUCCUCAGUACGGCUCCAAGAACGGCAGUAGCGGCAGCAGCAGCAGCAACAACAACAACAGCAGUUGUUGCCCCAACUAUUUCAGCCGUGGCAGUGCCUGGUGGCGAGAGUCAGAUGAAUUUCCGUCAGUUGGAGGAACAGAUCAACAAAUGGAUGCUGGAGUUGGAGGAGCAGGAGAAGGCUUUCCUCCAGCAGGCGACCCAGGUCAAUGCCUGGGACAAGCUGCUUUUGAACAAUGGAGAAAAGAUACACCAACUGAACCAUGAUUUAGACAGGGUCAAAGUUGACCAACAGAGGCUGGACAAUGAACUGGACUUCAUUCACUCACAACAGAAGGAACUGGAGGACCUCCUGACCCCGCUUGAGGCCUCGGUGGAACAGCUUCCACCUCUUAGUUACCAACAUCAUGCUGACAUAGAACGUGAACACACCUACCAAUUGGCCGAAAGUAUAGAUGGUCAGCUGAAGAGAAUGGUGCUUGAUUUGAAGGAGAUCAUCGACCAUCUGAAUACGACCAACACCAGUGAGGAGAAUACAGAUCCUGUUCACCAAAUCACCAAAAUCCUGAAUGCUCAUAUGGACUCUCUACGGUGGAUUGACCAAAAUGCUGGACUGCUCAACCGCCGUGUGGAGGACAUCUCCAAGCAGAUGGAACUUCAGAGGAAAGAGCAGGAAAGGAACUACAGACUGGUCUUUAACUGAACAACACCAUCGUACAUUGCAGGGCGGUUGGAGGGACAUGCCCUGUUGUUUUUGUCACACCUCCAUCCAUCCAUCCAUCCUGAACAUCAACACUAUCCAUUUUGACAGAAUCCCAUCCAGCAAUGGAACAUAACACACAAUCUAGUUCCUACCCCCUACAACAUACAGAAUAUCCAUAUGGAAAUGUGGUGGGGGGAACUGAGCCCAAUGAAGCCCCCCACCCCAUCCCCUACAUUACACAGACCUACAAAAUAACCAUCUGGGAAUGAGAGGGGACAGUGUUCAGAGUAGUCUUCACCCACUACAAUGAGUCGGUGGGGGUGAACACUGCCCAGAGCAGUCCCUACCCCCUACUACACAUAUGCAUACAAAAUAACCAUAUGGAAAUAUGAAAGGAGGAAGCUCCUACUCCCUACAUUACACAGAAAAACCAUCUGUUAAUGAGGGGGUAGGUACACUGCCCAGAGCAGUCACACCCCCUACAACACACAUACAUACAGAAUAAUCAUCGACGAGGGAUGGGGGACACUGCCCAGACAGUCCCUGCCCCCCGACAACACAUACAGAAUAAUCAUCAGGAAAUGAGGGGGCGACAGAGCCCAGAGCAGUCCCUACCCCCUACUACACAUAUGCAUACAAAAUAACCUUCUGAGAAUGAGGUGGGGGAGCCCAGAGCCCUACCCCCUACAACUCAUAUAUAUAUAUAUACAGACUAACUCUCUGGGAAUGAGCAGGGCACAUAGACCUGAGCGGUCUGCCCUCUACAACAGGUAUACAUACAAAAUAACCACCAGAGAAUUCGGUGGGGACAAUGUUCAGAACAGUCCAAACACAUUUUGGGGGCUGAUUGAUAACCCAGACCAGUCACUGCCUUGCCCUUAGGACUUCCAGAAUGACCCUUAUCUCCUUCUUCUUUGACUGAAAGAGAAGCACCUUAAGUUGUAUUUUUGGGGCAAUUUUUUUUUUCCUUUUGGUGGGGUGGUGGUUUAAAUUUAAAAAUAAAAGAGUUGUUAAAGUU